UGUUGAAAGCACUUAGAAAGAAAGAAAUUUUUAAACGAGAUAAGGGUGUGGUGCAUGCGAUCAGCCGAGCUCAAGUAAGUACUCCCAAAUUACCCAUACAAGUUAUUUGUUCAGUUUCAGUUUCAGUAGAACAGCAUGCUAGUAUAGGACUAAGGAUCUAGGAGGAUGCCUUAUGUGUCUGCUAUAUGUGUAUCAGCUUUAUGAGCAUUGCAUGCUAGUAUUGAGUAGACAGCAGUAGGAUAGCCUAUUUAGGUUAUGCCUGAUAGUAUGAGCCUAGCAUUAUAUGCUAGUACAGUUUCUUGGUAUGAGAAUAGUUUUGCCUGAGUAUGUUUCCUUUAUCCGAAUGCUGCUUGCUUUGUGCUUUGUGGGAUUCUGAGUGAUGGGAGUUAGCCAUUAGGUGAAUACGUUACAUUACAUGUGAUCAGGGUUGAAUAAUCUCAGAGUGCUGGAUUUGACCCUAUUUCGCAGCUCUCGUUUGAGUCCAACCGUUGUAGGGACGAGUCUUUUACUCGAAGGAUUAUCUGAGCCUCGUCACAUGUGAUGGUAUCCAGGUGGUGGCUAGUUGGCAUCGCGAGGAGGCCUUCAGCAGCUGAGGACUGGUUUGAGUUGAGUCUGAGGUUUCCCUAGGGCAAGCCUAGGAUGAGAGUAGCAGAGAUCAGUAGUAGUAGAAGUGACUUGGUGGAGUCAAGGCAGUUCUUGAAGAAAGUACGGAUAGAUGUGGAAGGUAGUAUGGGCCCGUACUACUGAAAGCAGAGGAUCCGUACUCGAAUCAAGAAAGGCUGAGACAAGACCAGGAAGCUAGUUGUAGUAUCAAUGAUCCCUUGAGAUAUUUCAGUUUUCUGAUGUAGUUGUGAUGUGUUUCAGAAUGGUGGUUUUGCGUUCGAGACCAGCAGCCGGCAGUGGAGGUGCCGGGGAGGGAUCAGGUUCAGGCUCGGGGGACGAGCGCAUGGAUGAGCAGACCCGAGAGUUUCUUUCUUCAGAGAUUACGCGUAUCAUUAUAGAGCAGACUCCUGUGAUCUUCGGUUCGAUCAAGGAGGAAAUCCUAGAGCUGAUGGAUGAGAGAUUGGGCACCUUCCGUGGCGAGGUGGCGGCCAUGAUGGGGUCGCGCACCCUUACAUUCAGGGAGUUCAGGGCAUGUGGAGCUCCGGACUAUCAUGGGGCGCGGGACCCCAUAGCGAGUACUAGAUGGUUGGCGGAUGUGGCCAACGCUUUCCGCAUUAGCAGGUGUCCCGAGGGGGACAAGGUCAGAUUGGCGUCCUGUCUUCUGAAGGACAGGGCACGGGAUUGGUGGGAGGAGGUCGGACAUACCAUUGGAGAUGAUGCAGCAUUGGACGUCAUGACCUGGGCUGACUUCUCUACCAGGUUCAGGGCAGAGUUUGCACCGGUUAUUGAGGUGCAGCAGUUAGCUAGGGAGUUUCAGGACCUCACCCAGACUACAGAGACAGUGGCGGAGAUCACCGCCAAGUUCAGGGAGAGGGCUCUUCUCGUUCCUCAGUAUGCAGCCGAUGAGGAGAUGAAGAAGGCCCGUUAUCAUGAGAUGUUGCGGAGCGAUAUCCGCCUGUUUGUGAGCCGGUCCAGCUGUAAAACGCUGGAUGACAUGAUUGCUAGGGCUCGGGAGAGGGAGAUUGAUCUCGAGAUGGAGAAGAAGAGGAAACCGGAGGCGGUUUCGGGUACAGGUAGUUCGGGCAAAAAGCCCAAGGUUUCAGAUCACAGAUCUAGGAGUCAGCAGAGCCACGGUCGAUGUGGCAAGUGUGGGAGAUUGCACGAGGGGGCGUGCAAGGCAGGGAGUUCCGGCUGCUACAAGUGCGGUCGGAUUGGGCAUUUGAGUAGGGAUUGUACGGCCCCUGCUACUACCGUUGCAGCAUCAGAUCUGAUUUGCUUUCAGUGCAAUCAGAGGGGACAUAAAAAGUCCUAGUAUCCGAGUUUAGCCGCAGCAGGGAAGGUGGCUGCACCUGCCCCUGCUACCUUGAGGAUUACUGAUGGCCGGCAGGGCCGAGCCGAGACGCCAGUGGCGAAGAGUAGGGCGUUUCAGAUGACAGCAGAGGAGGCGCGAGCGACUCCUGAUGUGGUGACAGGUACUUCCGCAAGCAAAGGGAAGAGCUCGGGAUGAUGGCAUCGCACACACCACAGCUUCAGUUUUCAUCCUGGGAGUUGAUUCAGUUUCUUGAUUUUGAUAUGUUAUAGUUAUGAUACAGUUUUCCUCACAGUAUUUUUACUACGGUUGAGAUACAUAGUGUGUGGUUUUAUGAUAUGAUACUCAGAUUUAUGGUUUUUGGUUAUAUUGAAAAAUGAAAUU